GACCCGUGUCCUGCACACACAGGGAUGUUCCAGUGGAUGGGAAAGGCCGAGUGUUACUUCAUCAACGGCACCGAGCGGGUGAGGUAUGUGGACAGGUACAUCUACAACCGGGAGCAGUACGCCCACUUCGACAGCGAUGUGGGGGUCUAUGUGGGGGACACCCCGUAUGGAGAAUUCUGGGCCAGGCAAUGGAACAGCAACCCCGUAAUUCUGGAGUAUGAACGGGGUGAAGUGGACAGGCUCUGCCGGCACAACUACAAACUUGGUGCUCCUUUCAUCGUGGAGAGGAGAGUGCCCCCCAGCGUGUCCAUCUCGCUGGUGCUGUCGAGCUCCCAGCCCGGCCCCGGCCGCCUGCUCUGCUCCGUGAUGGAUUUCUACCCUGCGCCGGUGCAGGUGAGGUGGUUCCAGGAUGGGCAGGAGCUGCCGGAGCACGUGGUGGCCACCGACGUGGUCACCAACGGGGACUGGACCUACCAGGUGCUGGUGCUGCUGGAAAUCCCCCCCCGGCGCGGGGUCACCUACAGCUGCCAGGUGGAGCACGUCAGCCUGGAGCACCCCCUCAGCCGGCACUGGGGUACGGCCCGGCCCCCCCAGCACCGGGGGCACACUGGGGGCGACUGGGAGGGAAGCUCCUGA